AUGACUUCUACCACUCUCAAAUACGGCGAGCGACAAGCCGCUGGCCGAUUACUACAGCAAUGGAUGGAACGCCCAGAAUCUGACACGUCUGUGGCAGCAUGUCCAAUUCAGCCUUCUACGCUGGAACUCAAAGACCUCAGGAAGUCCAAUCGAUUCGAAAUAGAUAUGGAAAUGAAUCCCUAUAUUCCAGCCCAGAUUGAAGAUGAAUUUGCACAACUCAAUAUAGUGGGACCAAGAGGUGGAGCAUGGGAAAUGAUCUCUAUAGGUGAACCUGAGGCUACAGACGAUAUCGACUACCCGGACCUUCAUAUCUGGGAAGGGCAAAUAGCGCCCGGGGUGUUGAUUGUUGAAGAAAUAAAGAAAACACCCGGUUUGUUCAUGUCCGGAAUCUGCCAGGCCGUUUACCAGAACCACUUCUCGAUUGAUACAUUGAAGUAUGUCUAUAUGGUCGACGUUUGCAAUAAGGAUACUGUUUCGUUUGCCAGGGACAUGCUCUAUACCGAGGCUAAUGGCCUCGUCUGGCCAGAUGAGGAGAUACACGAUUGGCAAUCGGGAACCCCGGAGUUCGAGGCCCUACUAGGGACAAAGAUUGGGAAGACUGUGGCACAUUUGGUUCUGGGGGCCUUCCGACGUGGAACCCAUCGGAUUUCACAAAUCAGAAGCUUUCAUACCUUCGAAAUUUUGCAGUUGCGGUUUGCUAUUGAGGAGAUGGACCAUGCUACUCCUGUUGUCCCCUCAGUUGAGCUUCCGAUUAGGACCAUAUCAACUCGCGUGACAAGGUCGAUGACGAGGAAGCGCAAGGCGGAGGAAGAAGAGACUGAAGCGAAGAAAGCUCAGAAGAAAGGGUGA